CGUGUUUAUUAUAAACGCCGCACUAUCGCUACAAUCGCAAAUUAAAUCUGUUAGUUUUCUCGAUGAGAACUUUUUACACGUGCCAUAAAAGGAAGAUUUUACAUAUCUUCGUUCGGUUUCCUUUCUCCUCCGCGUACCAAGUUCUCAGGCGCAUUCUUCGUUCCUGUCAUCAUCUGUUUCAACUGUCAUAGUCACUGCACUAACGCCAUCAACCCUUGGACGUUUUCCUUGUUUGCUUUUAGACAGUAAAUAAGAUUCGUUUGUUCGCUGCAUGAUAGACGUUAAUUCACGGACUAUGGACAUCGAACAUGAUCCAGGACUUGCCGCUGUCUUACAGUAUUUGUUACGCAGGAAUCGAGAGUAUAACGCUUUUCGUUCCAUCGUUGCAGCGGCCAACUGCACAUCAUAUCGUCGGAUCACGAUGACUCGGAUGAAGAAUAUGCUGCGAAUUCAGCGCCGCCAAGAAUCACGUCUUUGCCAAACACGUCCAGACUAGAUAAAAGUGAAAUAAGUCUUGCCACGAAACUGGCGUCUGGAUUUAUAAGCGACGUUGAUAAACGUAACUAUUCCGUUACGUCGAUGAUUCAAAGAAGAGCCUUAGGUCCCAGUUUCAGUAUGGGAGAAAGGUGCAGAAUAAGCAGUAGUUUUCUGCCAAAUACGUUGCAACAAGUUGCUAGAUACAAUGCCAAAGCAUUCUGCGGUUCCUACUCCAAGGACGGAAGAUUUUUCUUGACUGCCAGUCAAGAUAAAUUUCUGCGUCUUUAUCAGACACACGACGGACAUUUUGUAAAAUUCAAAACGAUUCCUGCGCGAGAUGUCGGUUGGAGUAUUUUAGAUACGGCGUUUAGUCCGGAUGGGAAUUAUAUUGUUUACUCGAGUUGGUCAGAAUAUUUACAUCUGUGCGCAGUGUACGGGGAAGCGGAGGUACAAGAAUCAUUACCAUUGUGUCCAGAGGAUCGAAGGUUUUGCGUAUUUUCUCUUGUAUUUUCUAGUGACGGACGAGAAAUUCUGGGUGGUGCAAACGAUGGUUAUCUGUAUGUCUACGACAGAGAAUGUCAACAACGCGCCUUCAGGAUCGAAGGUCACGACAACGACGUAAAUACAGUUGCAUUCGCUGAUAAUACUUCGCAGAUUUUGUACAGCGCCGGUGACGAUGGCCUUUGUAAGGUUUGGGAUAGGAGAACGUUGAACGAAAGCGAUCCACAUCCGGUUGGAAUGUUGGCUGGCCACAUGGAUGGCAUAACGUAUAUCGACCCGAGAGGUGACGGUCGGUAUCUGAUCACCAACAGUAAAGAUCAAACUAUCAAACUAUGGGACGUGCGUGCAUUUUCCGAUCACAAUGGUGAACUUAAUACGCGAAAAGCUGUUGCGAAUCAAACUUGGGAUUACCGGUGGCAACGAGUACCGAAACGACUUUACAAAGUAAGAAAUAUGUUGGAAGGUGAUACCAGCGUUAUGACCUAUCGCGGUCACUCUGUGCUUCAGUCUUUGAUACGAUGUCAUUUUUCUCCUUCUUCCAUUACUGGUCAAAGGUACAUAUACACGGGAUGUGCGGCUGGACGGGUAAUAAUAUACGACGUUUUAACGGGUAGAAUAGUUAGUACUUUGGUGGGACACAAAGGAUGCGUACGCGACGUUAGUUGGCAUCCGUUUCACCAGGAGAUUGUAUCUACGUCCUGGGAUGGUGCGAUUGUCCGUUGGCGAUACGCUGGAAAAGCCGCAGUUGACGAUUCCGAUUCGGAAGAGGAAAGCAACGCAGAAUCACCUCCCCGAACUUUAAGACGAAGCGAACGGAUAGCUGCUCAACGAGCGAAACAUGCUGCAACGCGUUGAGUGUUAUACUUGUCAACCGGGUAACUGGAUGUUCUCGGGAUUUCAGUCUUUUCGUUCCUACGAGGAAGGAGUUACUGCUCAGCACUUGUCGACAGGAUAUUUUUCUAUCGAUGAUUUUCACUCAUCGACGUUCAAGAGACUAACUUUCUUCUACAAGACUGAGCUUUUAUCAAACACACGCGCCUCUACGGA